ACGACAGUGAACAGCUGACUUUUUCCAUUAAUUCAAAUGGAUAAAAAGCGGCAUCUCCGCUGUUCGAAAUGUCAAAUUUGCGAAAAGCACAAAGCGGAACAGAAAAAAAACAAAGCCAUUUCUUCGCGCCGCUAAUUUGCGUCCACAUAUUGCAGAAAGGGGGAGUACAUUUUGCUAUUUAUUUAAUUAAUAUGUAUAAGAAUUUACUUUGUUCUUAUUUAUAAUUUCAGAAUGGCGUCUACCAGUGGAGCAGGAGCUAAAAGGAGUCGGGCAUCAGCGGAGCAGCUCAACGUGAUGAUCGAGAGGAACGAAGGGCUUGCGUCCGGAAAGUUCCAGCGUCUCCAAGGAAAGCUGGAGUACCAAAAGAAGUGGGCGGAAAUGGCACAAAAGCUCAACGCUAUAGGAGGAGCUGUAAAGUCAGUGGAACAAUGGCAUUCGGUCUGGCGCGACUUAAAAAGCCGUACAAGCGUACGUGUACGUGACCGGAAGAGGCAGCAGGCUCUAACAGGCAACAGGCCCAUCGACCAGCCGCCUUUAACGGAGAUGGAGAGGCGGGUAAUUGAUCUGAUUGGGAUCAACUACAUCGAGGGUCACGAAGCGGUUCCUGACAAUGUGCCAUUGGAAGAGGAGCUUCAAUUGGUCAUGGAGGAUGGGGAGGAUAUUGUCUUCCAUGCGGUGACGCCGGCGUCCGUGUUUGGAGCCGACAGCGAGGUGCAGGUCAGCACACCUAAAAUUCCUGCGCAAACACCGCGUAGGGCUUUGAAGAGGAAGCGGGCGGAGGAAGAGAGCGAUGUCCAGAAAAAAUUUCUGGAAGUCGCUGAGAAGCAAGCAGAUGCCUUGAAGAUGCUGGCUGAAAACUCUUCCAGACAAACGGAUGUUUUGAAGAUGCUGGCUGAAAAUACCGCAAGGCAGACGGAGGCGACGCUUGCAAUGGCGCAGUCUAUGACCGUCCUUAGCGAAGGGAUGAAAGCCUGUGCCACAUUUUAUAAAAUAACUUCAAGUACGCAGUUUUAUAGCGCAUUAAAUUAAAAAUCAAAGCGAUUUCGUAGCAACCUCAUUUUUACACAUUGUUAUACUAAAAUUUAAGUGUUGAUUAAAAAUCGUUGAACUUUCCUUAAUUUUGUAUAAACCUUGAAACUUUGCUUUGUAUGAUUUUGUUUUAAGGAUGAUCCAUAUUUUUAUAAUAAAAAAAUAAACGAAUUUUAUCUUCCAAAAUAUUGCGAAUAUUUAAAAAAUGAAUGGUGUAUGCAGACUUUUGCUGUUAAGUUUACAUAUCAUACAAGAGUUAUUUUAUAGUUUUUCUUUUAAUUUUCAAAACGAAUUACUUAUUUUUUCCUUUUAUGUUUUAAAUUAUUUAUUUUGUACCUUGUUUUGUACCUGACUGGAAUAUGUACCUUUAGUUUAAAAAAUAUAUAUUUUAUGAAAUAAAUUGGAAAUGUUUUUGUUAUGAAUAUGACAUAGUUGUUAUGAAAAUUAAAUUUAUUUACCUUAAUUACACAUUCGCCUUUUAAAUUAAAAUUUUGAACAUUUCGUUGCAUUUAAUACUUUUUUCUAUUCAUUUAUUUUCUAAAAGCCGAACUUAAGUGAAAUACUAUAAACUACACAUAAAAACUAUUAUUCAAUUUAAACUGUUAUUUAAUUUAAACUAGUUUUCAACUUAAAAAUA